UAGUCGUGUGUAUUAAUAACACACGCCUAUUUACUCCAAUUUAGUAUACAGACUGUAUAGGCUGAUUCGAUGAAUUUCCGGUAUUUUAUAUCUAACCACAAGUAGCUUGAUGCAGCUCCCACUCCAAACGAGUAGCAGAAGUCUUGGAUGUUUGCGUCACAACGGAGUGAACGGACACACACUACGGAAGACGAGCGACACCGGGAAACAGGCUCAAUGUUCCGGUGGAACUUGCUUUAAGCACAUAUUGGCCGCCGUUGCCGUCUUCUGGCGAACAAAAGACUUCCAACUCGCGGUAUUUCUGACAACACUAAAACAAAUAAGUUUCUCUUCAAGAGGCGAGGAAUGCUAUCUGAGCAUCAAUGUUUCACUGGGGAAAGUGGAAGAAGAGGAUGGGAGCCAAUAGUUCGUCCAAGAGACCCGUUUUCGACGAAAAAGAAGAUGUGAACUUUGACCACUUUCAAAUAUUGCGUGCCAUUGGGAAGGGGAGCUUUGGAAAGGUAUGCAUUGUGCAAAAGAGAGACACGGAGAAGAUGUACGCCAUGAAGUACAUGAACAAACAGCAAUGUGUUGAGAGAGAUGAGGUCCGAAACGUCUUUAGAGAGCUUGAGAUCCUACAGGAAAUUGAACAUGUUUUUUUAGUAAAUCUCUGGUACUCAUUCCAGGAUGAAGAGGACAUGUUCAUGGUAGUGGACCUCCUGCUUGGAGGAGACCUCCGUUACCACCUGCAACAGAGUGUCCAAUUCAGCGAGGAUGCAGUCAAAUUGUAUCUUUGUGAGAUGACACUCGCACUCGACUAUCUCCAGAGCCAGCACAUUAUCCAUAGAGAUGUAAAGCCAGACAACAUUCUCUUGGAUGAGCAAGGUCACGCACACCUGACAGACUUCAACAUAGCAACAAUAAUUAAGGAUGGCGAGCGAGCAACAGCCUUAGCUGGAACCAAGCCAUACAUGGCUCCAGAGAUCUUUCAGUCCUUCAUGAAUGGAGGGAUGGGCUACGCCUUUGAAGUAGACUGGUGGUCACUCGGCGUGACGGUCUUCGAAGUUCUGAGAGGAUGGAGGCCAUAUGACAUCCAUGCCAGUAACUCGCUGGAGUCUUUAAUUCAGCUUUUCAGCACAGUUAGUGUCCAGUACACUCCAGCCUGGCCCAAAGAUCUGGUUUCUCUUUUGAGGAAGCUACUCACAGUGAAUCCAGAGCAUCGUUUCUCCAGCCUGUCGGACAUGCAGACUUCUCCCUACCUCGCUGACAUCAACUGGGAUGCUAUUUACGGAAAGAAGAUGGAUGCCGGCUUCGUUCCGAAUAAAGGUCGUCUCCACUGCGACCCCACCUUUGAACUGGAGGAGAUGAUUCUGGAAUCACGUCCCCUUCAUAAGAAGAAGAAAAGACUGGCAAAGAACCGGUCUCGAGAUAACAGCAAGGAUUCACAGUCUGAGAACGACUAUCUCCAGGAGUGCCUUGAAGCGGUGCAGCAAGAGUUUAUGAUCUUCAACCGUGAAAAGUUGAAAAGGAGUCAAGAGGAGGGACAUUGUGAGAGUCGGUGUGAUGACACCGGUGGAGAUGGAGAUGCGGAGGCUGGAGGCACGGACGAGCCAGAGCCUGAGGUGGAGCCCGAGUCCUCUUCAAAAUUAAGCAUGUGCGGCUCGGUGUGCUCCUCCCCUGGCAGCUGCUAGCAGCACAUCAGCUCACGGUGCAGGAUGAAGGUCUCUCUGUGCCAUGCCUGUCAUACAUUCUCUCCUCUCCACUUAGCAGUAGCCACAAGGAGAGGAAAACACAGCGGGGGGAGGGGUUGCGGGCUGGAGGGGUUGCGGGGGGCAGCUGCCGCACUGCAGGACCCAAUUAUUAUGAUUUUUUCAGUAGCACCAUUCCCGGUAAGGCAAAAAUGAAGUGGAUUCUCCACCUCCUUGUCUGCUCUUCAUUACGCUCUUACUUCUAUGCAACGCUUCACCUGGCAUGACAAACAAAGUAUCACCCACUCGGAGGUUAAGCGGACCACUCCACAAAAGUUGAUGACAUCCUGAACAAUAGCUGUUCAUGAUAUUUGGUGGUUUUAGCGGGGAAGGCAUCCUAUCUCUUCCACUUCAAAAUCAUGCUGGGAUAACUGAAUAAUUCAGCGCACGCAGGCAGUUUUACAAUUUUGCCUGUCUCCACUUCACUCCUCUCAGCCUCUCUUAUGUCACGUGUGUCACAAUUCAGCAAUUGUGUGGUUUUGUGUGCUCAAAUGCAACACCUGCAAACCACAGUAUCACCAAUAUUCCAACAAUUAGCCCACUAUAAUUUAUGAAAUAAAGUAGUGCAUUGA